AUGAGUGAAGUGAAUACCAGGGUUCUGGACAAUUUCGAGAAGCUAAUUAAGUUGGAAAAUAUUUAUGAAGUCAAAGAAAUACAGCUAUGUUAUGAAUACCUAAGUAAGGAGGAAUUAAUUGAAAAGGGCAUUUUAAUAAACGAUUUGACCAUUAAAACAGCUACAAAACAUAAUGAUAGUCAGAAUUCGUAUAUACUGAAGUUAGUGAAAAAGAAAAGAAAUGUGCAUACAAACGAUUUAAGCGAUGAGGAGAAUAUAGACAACUUUCAUCAUAACUUAUUUAGCAAGGGUAGCAUAGUUCAUUUUUCAAAAAAGAGAAAGAGGUACUUGUUGGGAAGGGGGAAGGAAAUUAAUAGUAGCGAUGUUAGUGGGGUUAAUGGCAAAGAAAAUAUAAACGCGUCCGUAAUUAGUGAGGGUACGAAUAUAUAUGUAUGCACUGUUCAUAAAAUAAAAAAAAAUCAAAUAAAUCUUUUGAUCAGGGAUACCGCUGAACUGUGCAAAGAAUUAAAUGUGAGCAAUACUUAUUUACUAAGUGACAAGAGUUACUUUGACGUAUGUUUAGUUAACAGUGAAAUAUCUGUACAACGACAGCUGAAUGCUAUUAACUUGAUGAAAAAGAAUUUGGAAAACCCAUCGGACAUUUUACAAAUACUGUUCAUGGGGAAAAACCCUUCUCAGCACGAUUUUCUAAGGAACAUAUUGAAAAUUUUUGAAAGACAGGAAGAGGUGCAGGGUAAGGGAGCAAAUGGGGAGAGUGAAGCGAGUCAGAGAGGAGGGGGUAAGAGAGAAGAAUCCCAUCUAAAUAAAUAUGAACUAAACCAUCUACAUAACUAUGAAGAUACCCAUCUGGAUAAUUAUGAAACUCCUCCGAACAAGUCUGCGGAGGUAGGGUACUGCAAGACGGACGAUAGCUCAAAUUUCGUCAGGGAAGAUUACAUAGUGAACGAACAUAAUUACAUAUACCGGUGUAACAAAGGAGAGUGGGGUAACAAGACUUUGAAUAAUAAUCAGAAGAAGGCUGUGUAUUGUUGUUUAUACUCAAAUGAUAUUUUUUGUAUUCAUGGUCCCCCAGGUACAGGUAAAACAACAGUAUUAUGUGAAGUUUUAUACCAAUUAGUAAAAAGAAAUAUGAAAAUUUUGGUGAGUGGACCAAGUAAUGUUUCAGUAGAUAAUAUUUUAGGGAAAUGUAUUGAUAUGAAUAUUAAGAGAGUAGUUCGUAUGGGAUUAAAGUCAAAAAUUAAAAAAGAAUUAUGGGCAUAUAGUUACGAUGAGAAAAUAAAAGAAUGUGAUAGCUAUAAAUUAUGUGAAGACAUUGAUAAGGAUAUUGAAAAAUUGAAAUACGAAAUUACAAAAAUGAGAAAUAAAAAAAAAACAGACAAGUCUUCCUAUUUUUAUGAUCGGAAGAGUAUAAUGAAUUUAAAAUAUGAAAUAAGGCUAUUAAAUAAAAAUAAAAAAAAUAAAAAAAAAAUAUUUUUUAAAGAAUUAAUGAACAAGAAUAAUAUUAUUUUUUCCACAUGUUCAAGUAGUUCUAAUUACGAACUAAAUAAAUAUGUAAAAUUCGCAAAUUUCUUAUUCGAUGUAGUAUGUAUUGAUGAAUGUUGUCAAUGUACUGAACCUUUAUGUUAUAUUCCUAUUUCUUUUUCCAAAAAAAAUAUUUUCUUAUUUGGUGAUCAUAAACAAUUAGCACCUUUAAUAAAAUAUGAUAAAAAUAACAGCAAAUUAAAUAUUACCUUAUUUGAACGAUUAGUAAAAAAAUAUAAAAAUAAAAUUUCCUUUUUAUUAAAUAUACAGUACCGAAUGAAUGACCAUAUUCUCAAAUGGUCAAAUAACAUUUUUUAUCAUAACAAAUUGGUUUCACAUGAGUCCUGUAAAACUAUAACUGUGCAAGAUAUUGUUUGCUACUCUAAUCAAAAGGGGAAAACUCACUCCAAGGAAAACAAAGGGCGAAAAGCAGGGAGAGAAGAGAAGGGGGGGAAUAAAAAGAAAAACAGCAAACAGGGAAAGAAAAAGGAGAAGGAUAGUGCGCGCGAUAAGAAUAGAAAGGAAGAGGACGAACAAAGUGAGCACAGUGUAAACCACACGGAUAAUAGUAUCAUUCAAAAUUAUUCAUAUUGCCCAUUAACGUGGAUUGAAACGGACGGUUUCGAUGAAUUCUUGGAUGACACAAAGGAUGUGGAUAUGAAGCAGCUGGAGGUGAAAGGGAAAAACAGUCAGCAGGUGGGUGGUCAGGAUAAGACUACUUCAAGGAAAGAAGUAAACGAUUUGAACAUGGAGAACAGCAGAACGGGGUCCGCCAAAAAAGACAAUCAGAAGGGUGCAGAUAUAAAGGUAGGCGUUGACAAGAAGAAGGGGAUAAUGAACGAGGAUCAAUUCAGCAUUUGUAAGGAUAAACAUAGUGUGCAGGGACGCAAAAAUAAUAAUCAUGACGACGAAUGUAUGGGGAAAAGAACAGAAAAAUACGAUAUAACACACAGUGCAAGUGCUUCCGAAAAGAAGAAGAGAACCGAUCCUUUUACUAGUAAGGAUAAGCAGAGAGGAUCGGAAUGUCAUAGCAGUGAUAAAAGUUUAAGCAGUGAUAAAAGUUUAAGCAGUGAUAAAAGUUUAAGCAGUGAUAAAAGUUUAAGCAAUGAUAAAAGUUUAAGCAGUGAUAAAAGUUUAAGCAAUGAUAAAAGUUAUAAGAAUGUAUUAAACCAAAUGAAUGACAACGAACUGAAUGAAAUGGUAAAAAUAGAUGUAGAUGAUAUUAUAAACUUAAAUAACAAAUCUCGUAGUAACAGUGGUGAAGCGUACUUAAUAUAUAAACUAGUCCAACGGAUGAUAACAGUAGACAACAUAAAUGUAAAUAAUAUAUGUGUAAUAACUCCUUAUUCGAAGCAGAUGAAUCUGUUAAGAAAUAUAUUUUAUGAUAACAUGUACAAUGAUAAAAAUUAUACUAGCUCUUGUAAGCAUAUCGAAAUAUCAACUGUUGAUUCUUUUCAAGGAAGAGAAAAAGAAAUUGUUAUUAUAUCUUUAGUCUGUUCAAAUUAUUUUAAAAAUAUUGGAUUUUUAAAAGAUUAUAGAAGGUUAAAUGUGGCAAUUACUAGGGCAAAAAGGCAUGUGGUUGUUGUUGGUAAUUCGAAUACUAUAUCCAACGACAAAGUGUUGAACGACUUGUACGAAACAGUGUUGAAUAGCGGAAAAGUUUACCUUGUUAAUGAAUUGAUUGAUGUGGAGGAGAUGAUCCCUGAAUGA